AUGGAUGACAUCCGUGUCUCUACAGAAGGCAUGGGUGUAGAUGCCCCAAUCAGCCGUCGAGUCGGGGCCACUAAAUCUCGAUCCGGAUGCAAGACUUGCAAAAUUCGAAAGGUGAAAUGCGGCGAAGAGAAGCCAAGUUGCUUCCGCUGUACGAGCACAGGACGAAAAUGCGAAUUCGAGGAUGAUCGGAGGUCUCCACCUACCCUCACCCCCACAUUGUUGCUUUCUUCAUCUCCGGAUGCUGGACGGAGAGAGCGUCGUGCAUUUGAGUAUUACUUUCAGAAUGUCGCUCGCCACCUUGCCGGUGGGAUGGAGAUCGAUUUUUGGACCAACGUCAUUCCGCAGAUCUGUCGUAGUGAGCCUGCAGUUUGGGAUGGGAUGAUUGCAAUCAGUACCCUGUUUGAAUACCCGAACCAGUCAUUGGAUUUUCCUCUUUUAAGGGAUCGCCGCAAAUCAAACACGCUCAAUCAGAUCCAGCGGGAGGCCUUGACAUGGUACUCUCGAUCAAUAUCUAGUGUUCAUUCUCAGAUUGAGCGCGGUAUUGCCGAUCCGUAUAUUGCUCUCAUUAGCUGUGCAUUGUUCAUUUGUGUGGAAACCAUUCAAGGUCGCACAGAAGAAGCCCUGCAGUUAUUCAGACAAGGGGUGACUCUCAUUGGUGACCUUCGCACUCAUAUUACUCUGGGGCAUGUGUCUAAAAGCAGACAAAAUCUCUUAAAGGAUGCUAUCAUUCCUCUAUUUUCGCGGUUAGCCUCAAUCUCCUUGACAGUCUCGGGCACUCAACCUGGCCCAAUUUUCACCUUCCUGGAAAAUAAUCCAACCGCUGGAUUUACAUCGCUUGAACAUGCUCGAUCGAGCAUAACGGUUAUCUCUGCUGACGUCCUACUUUUUGAGCGCGAGGCACAUUCACACCUGAGGGAGAUUGGAGCACACUGCUAUGUGAGCAUCGAUAUGCUUAAUCGAAGGAAAAAUCUCCAACACCGAGUUGCUGAGUGGUAUAUCGCAUAUACAAAAUUUCACCAGGGAAAUAAUCGGCAGCACUCCACCCCUCAAAUCAGAGUGCAACAUGAGCCUCUACUCAUUAUCUACUACGUUGCCAUAUCCAUUAUUCUGUCGGUAUGUUUAACACCACUAGAAAUCGUUUAUGAUGAUCAUCUGGCAGAAUUUGGCAUCAUCGUCGAACAGGCCCAAUUGUCUCUGGCGACCUCCGCAAUGACAGAUGGCUCCCAGCCGCCCUUUACAUUUGAGGCUGGCGUUGGUGUUCCACUGUUUUUGACUGCUCUGAAAUGUCGUGAUUGGAGGUUGCGGCGCAAGGCUUUAGAGCUAUUACGCCAGGCCCCACAGAUGCAAGGACUUUUUAAAUGCGCUCCGAGUGCUUUCAUGGCUGAGGCUUUUAUGAACAUGGAAGAAAGCUACAGCCUGGCUCUUAGAGAUUCAACUUUAGCUACAUCACCUACUAGUGGCGCUGAAGGGGACCAUCCGGGUGAUCCGCAAAUCCUUGUGCCCGAAGAAGCCCGCAUAUAUUACUACUGCAUAUUUAGACCUGGCGAAUGGUAUCCGCCGGGCGUAAAUGAAGAAGAUGUUGUCAAAUUCGGUCGCAGCCUCGAUCAGCUUUACUUGCAUUUCUCAAGGAAUGAGUUUGAUCUAGAGACGAAGACAUGGCGGCAGAAUUUCGAAUGUAUACCAUUUGGCGCCGACCUGAUGUAA